CCCUCGCUUGCUUUGAUAAGACCGUACGGCACUCAGAUAUUUGAUUAUCAGACGGACAAAAGCACUGUCAGACUGGAGAAAGAAUCAAGGACAGGUCACGGCAGUACCCGGCGAUUGUUGACGUUCACCUUUCCGCUUAGCAACUACUGAGGUUAGGGCUACACAGCGGAUUUCCUUCGCUCAAAGACGGCACUAACGCAGCUUGAUUCACUUAUGUUGGUGAAGGAAACUGUGUCCUCUUUUGGGAGACCAAAUAGGAGAGGACAGUAGUUGAAUUAUUAUCACGCUCCGUCGAGGAAGACAAACAAAACCUGUAACAUGAGGUCGAUGGAGCUUACUUGAAGAAACAGGAGAAGGUGAUCUGAGCCGAAUCAUCCCAGACAUAUUACUGAUUUUUUCUCCCUUUUUAAAAAAAAACAACUUUUCCCCGAGUUCAACCGAUCAGCUUCCAACAUGUGCAGAUGGGGUUGCGCGGGGGUCAGCUCGACUUACAUGUGUAAAUGGUGUGGCACUCGGUAUUGUAAGGAAUGUAUGCACGGAGAGUUCACGGGGACCAUGAAGGAAGAGACCAGGUGUGCAAAGUGUAAUCAGCCAAAAUGCCAGGGCAAGAAGGUGGAGGCCAUUCUGAAGGAGUACAUCAAAGACGACGAGGGUGGUGGGAAAAGAGGCGCAAAAUCGGCCGGAUCAUCGAGGAGCAGAAGCGCGAGCCCAAGCAAGAAAAGUAAAAGUGCAGGAGGAAGUAAGAAAUCCGCGAAAGGGAAGUCAAAGAAAAGUGGGAAGAAAAAGAAAGGUAGUAAGAAAUGAAACAAUGUAAUAGUAUGUCGUUGUCAUGGAUGUAUAAUGUUCCUUUGUUUCAAAGAUCUGUUAUACUGAGUCAGUUUGUUCUAUAUCUGUCAGAUGUGCGGACUUUCCGGAUAAAUAAUACAAAUCCUGAUUUCUGACAUUGUCUAGAAUUAAUAAUAUUGUACUUCUGUUCAUACAUUUAUUUACUAUUUUAAUCUCUUCUUGAAUGUCAUUGUAUUGAAUUUUAUAUCAAACUAGUCUUUAUACGAGAUGCAUUAGACACAAUCAUCUGUGAUAUUGGCGUGCAUUUUCAAGGGGUCAACAAACGUCAGCAUUAUUAUUUCGAUUGCCAGUUGUCAUUUAUAAUCAGUUUUGAUAUGUAGUUACAGAACACAAAAAUCAUCUCUCAAUAAUCAUUUCUGCGGUUAAAGCAAAGAGUGUAAGUGAAAACCGGACUACUAAGUCACUUUAAUACUCCUUAUCUUUGCCAAAGAUUCGCUUUUUAAAAAACUUUUGUAAUGGUAGGCUUGGCGUUUUCGUAAUUUUAUUUCCCUUUCUGCUGUUCUCUGAAUGUCUUAGAUUUUUUACUUUGUACAGUUCAUCGGGAAUUUCCACAUAUUACUCUAAUAGGGUAGUAUCCAGAUGAUUUUAUUCUAAAGAGGUAAUUACACUGAUUUUAAAAUGAACCUUUCAAAUUUUCAUUGAACAGAUGGUUUUUGUAGCUUGACUUCAGAUAUAUACUAAGAUUUAGUGCGCUAGGGAAUGACUCUCAAUUUAUUUUCUCGUAUGUGUCACUUAAAGGUUUGUUCUUUAAAAUUUAAUAAGUAUAAGUAUACCCUCAGCUUGUUCACAGACCGAUACGAAUUUAUGCGAUGCGUCUUUUAUAGCAUUGAACUAACAACGUUAAAUUUUUAUAUUAGAGGUUUCAAUUAUCACAUUUCAUAAUUACAUUAAAGUUGUAAUCUUUCUUUCUUUCUUUCUUUCUUUCUUUCUUUCUUUCUUUCUUUCUUUCUUUCUUUCUUUCUCUCUUUUGAUUUCGUUCUUUCUCUAUUUUUUUGGUAUGUUUAUAAUGUGUAAAGGGCCCUGAACACUUUUGCUUUGUGGAGAUGAGCGAAGUAAGUGACAUGUCCUAUCAUUACAGGUGUGAAGCUGAUUGUAGUUGUGCACGUUGUAUGCUUAUGUUGCUCUUGACCAAUGCUUCUCU